CUUAGACGGAUAGCGCGUCAUCUCUCCUUCCCAAUUUUUCUCCUUCUGCAGUUCGAAUCCAAAAAAUCUAUCUAUAGUGCACGAGAACGGGAAGAACGAUGUUUAACUCGGUUAAUCUGGGAAACUUCUGCUCACAGACGCGAAAAGACAGGACUUCCGAGUUCGGAGACAGAGCAAGCUGCGGGUCCAACCUUUACCUCCCCAGCUGCACCUAUUAUGUCCCCGAAUUUUCUGCCGUCUCUUCCUUCCUGCCACAGGCCCCAUCUCGGCAAAUCACCUACCCUUACUCCACGAACCUCUCCCAAGUGCAACCGGUUCGGGACGUUUCUUACAGUUUGGAGCCCUCAAGUAAGUGGCACCAUAGAGGAAACUAUGCGUCCUGCUACUCAGGGGAGGAACUGGUACAUAGGGACUGCCUUCCGCCAUCGUCCACCAUGACAGAAAUGCUGAUGAAAAACGAAAGUGUCUACAGCCAUCACCAUCACCACCACCACCACCCAAGCUCCAACCACCCAUCCACGGGCUUUUACUCGGGAGUGGGGAAAAACAACGUUCUUCCGCAGGGCUUUGACCGCUUUUUCGAAAGCUCACACAGCGGGGCGGAUAACAGCUCGCAAGAGAACUGUGCUCAGAAGGGCGACUCCAGUAAACUGGAUUCAGCAUCCCAGCCGCUUGCCGCCCUCCACAGCGCCGCAGACCCGGAGAAAGAACCCGAGGAUGAAGAGGAAAACACUAAUUCGGGUUCUUGUGCCUCUUCAUCUGGCACGAAAGACGACAGCGCCAGCAAAACCAGCCACUCGAGUAGGUACCGAAGCUGUAAAUGAAAAAAAGGUUAAGGGACUAGCCCGGUGUUUUGUCGGUCAGAUUUUAUGUGGAGUUUUAUAAGCAUUCAAAGGAUUUUAUUAUAACCUACAAAGCUCUUUCUUCCAGCAAGAAUAUUUUUUACGAUGGGAAAGCGCUUUGAAAAAACGAUACGUUACACACAGGCAGCAGCUAUCCCAGAGUCUGUGAAAUGUUAAGAGCGCACUAUUGUGACAAAUGCUAACUUUGAUCAUGAACUUGCGCUGGUCUUUUUAAGGGAUGUUUCGCCAGGCUUUCGAGGGUAAAAAGCAAUUGGGCAGAACACUGCUUUUGGGCGUCCUGUGAUGUUUGCCUUCUCAGCAGCCUCCUGUAAAAGUAGAAAUGCUAUUGUGUUGUUACUGUGGACGUGUUGCUUUACGCGGUAACAGCAGCUGUUCAGAAAAUAUCGGUUGUGAUAAUCAUAAUGUUUGGUUUUCUUUGGGACCCAUGCACUUCUCAAAAAGGCUAUCCUAGUAUUUCAGUUUGUAGACUAAACAAUUAUUUAAAUAUUUCAAGCGUUGAGAUAUUCUGUAAAUCACCAACAAACUCGUUCUGCUUUGUUAUAGUCCAUGUGAUAAACCAAUGAGCAUCGGUAAAUUGGUCAAAAUAUAUAUAAUUAUAUCAUAUUUAUUCGUAGACUAAUGAAAUGGUGGUUCCCACUUCGCAGGCCCAAGCGCCCCAAUAGUGUCAUGUGGAAGAAUUUGUCUCUAGCCUAUAAUAAUAUCCCACCUAUUUGUUAUAUUAUCUAGGUAUCAAGUGUUAAUUUACCAUAGAUGAUCGCAAUAUGAAAUGAAGGUCAAUAUUGUCCUUGAUAGACAUAUAUUGCCAUUAUGGCAGUGUAUUGACAGUGGAAAAUAAAGGAGGUAGUGAGGGGAUAAAAAGUGCAAUGACGUUGUGUGAAGAGCGUUACAAAACUAGUCAGAGAUUUUAUAGAGGAGAAGGCUGAUUAUAGUUUUGCAUCAUACGUUUUCCAUGUUACAAGGGGAUGGCAAUGAGGGGAAUGUAUUUAAGGAUACAGAGAAAGAAAAUGUAUGCGCAAAAUCAAGGGUACAUGUUUAGCAAACUUACAUUUUAUCAAACUUAAUAAACCUACGAUUUGAAUCCCCACAGGUUUCAACUAGUCUCUAAAUGCUUAUUUUAUUUGAAAAGUGUACAUGUUGGAUACACUUGACCUUACAUUCUUCUGCUUAUUUGUUUUAUAUUGCUCUAAGGUACACCACGCACGAGGAAGAAGAGGUGUCCUUACACGAAGUUCCAGAUUCGAGAACUGGAAAGAGAGUUCUUCUUUAAUGUUUAUAUCAACAAGGAGAAACGGCUGCAGCUCUCCAGAAUGCUAAACCUCACUGACCGUCAGGUCAAAAUCUGGUUCCAGAACCGCCGAAUGAAAGAAAAGAAAUUAAGCCGAGAUCGCCUGCAGUAUUUUUCUGGCAACCCCUUAUUGUGAACUCUAAACUGGUAGCUUUGGUGAGAAGUAAUCAUUAAUAUUAUCACCUCUAAAACUGAAUUGCCUUUGGAGGACAAGGCCAGAGUCGAUUUCAGCUAAGUGUUAGGUCAUGGAAACGCUGGGACUGAAAAGAAAGAUAACCAGUUAUGAAUAUGUUUUUUAUGUUUCCUUGUUUUGUUGAACAAAUAACAAGAACCAGCAUAAAGCAAGACCUCAGAGAAAAGUAUAUCUGACAAUAGCAGAGAAAUGAAGGUAAAAUAUUCAUUUUUCUGUACAACAUUUUUUCCAAUUAAAGAUUUGUAUUCACACGUUUGCCACAUUAAACCAAAUAUGUGAAACAUUCUAAUCGCAAGUACGACAGUUCUCAGUAUUUUUCUUUUGUUUAAUUAUAUAGCCUAUUUAGAUUCACUUGUGAAAUGCUGUCUUUCCAGUAACAUUUCUCUCUUUUACCUCUGCAUUUCAUCAUGAUCCUCUCUUUGUGAAAUGAUUUCGCUACAAACUGAACCGACUUGAGGACAGCCGCACAGACUCUUCAUAGGUACGCUGCAGAUUUAGACACAUUUUUGCUGCAACCAAGAACUUGGACAUCGGUCCCAAAUGAAUAAUGUCCUUUAAGAGACUAUACAAUAUGACUGAUUGUAUAUAUGAAUUUCAUUUCUUUAUCGAAUUUUUAUCACUUAACCUAAUUACUAUCUUUGAAAGAUUUCAAAAAAUAACUUAAAAGCUCUAUGGCUUACAAGCUCUUUUUGACUCUAUACUGAGCUUUUUGUUAAUUGCUUGCCGUUUGCUUGCCGAUUUUGAGUUUAUGCAAUAUGAAGAGAUGACGUCGCAUAUAUGCAUCAAGUGAAAGAAUGUAACAAAAAUAAACGAAUAGUGAUUCUUAAAUCAA